AUGCCGGAUUGCAACGUCGACGCGCGUCCGCCUCCAGACGCAGUGGCCGCGGCACUCUCCGAGGCAGGCACGCAGUAUCCCACCUUGGCCUCCGACGCCGCCACUGCCACACCCACCGACGGCUCGCCGCAGAAGAGUGCGAGUGCAGGCUCUCUUCUCGCCGCGCCAGCAGCGCUCGCUUCGCCUGCCCCGGCGCGGGCAGCGGCGUCGGCGCAGCGCACGGGCGAGGCCGAGGAGCAGCAGCAGCAGCAGCUGAGCGGCCUGCUCGCCGAGAUGCCUACUGGCGUGACGGGGCUGUAUGGAGGCCAGGCAGGGCUGCCUCUCUCCAGCGUCUCCUCCUCCUUGCUCCUCAGCUCGCGCUUCCUCUCCACGCCCAUCCCCACCGCCGCGCCUCUGCCUCUUGCAGCGCGGCAAGAGGCCGAGUUUACCUUCUCGCCCGGCGACGGCGCCGCGCCCCUGACGUUCACCUUCGGCAGCAUCGACGCGGCCGUGCCGCCCGCGACGCUGGCCGUGCCGCAGGCAGACGACGGCGGGCGCAGCGGCAACGACGACGCUCCGCCGCUCGACGUCAACAACCUGGAGGCGCCCGACAUUGGCUGGGUCGCCACACUCAUCGGCGGCGUGCCGUACAAGAACGGCGAUCUGGCAGC